AUGUCUCUCGGCUUUAAUUCGUAUAGUACCCAAUUUCCUUGCUUUUGGAUGAAUCCUGCUGCUCGCAAACGUUUCCAAAUUGCAGCUGGAGUUGCUCCCAAUGAUUUUACAAGCACUUGUGUGUUUUACAACCAUCUUCAUGGAGUAAUGCCUCCAAUUCUUGGUCUUCAAACCUUUUUCGCUGGCCUGGGCGAUCUUUGUCUUUCGUGUCAAAAUCACCACUUCUUAACCGCACAAACCAUCUCUGGCUUUGGUCCCAGAGUAAGAAAACCCAAAGCGCCAAAAUCCAGCAACUCCUCAGCAGCCACUGCAGCGGCAUCCUCAACGGCAGCCAGUGCCGAAAAAGCCAACUCACCCAGUUCAACAUCGUCUGCAAAUACCAACGAAGAUAAACGACCGCGUACAGCAUUUAGUGGUUCACAAUUAGCAAGACUGAAGCACGAAUUUAAUGAAAACCGCUAUUUAACCGAAAAACGUCGCCAACAAUUAAGCUCCGAGUUGGGCUUAAACGAAGCCCAAAUCAAAAUUUGGUUUCAAAACAAACGUGCCAAAUUGAAAAAGUCGAGCGGCGUUAAGAAUCCCCUGGCCCUGCAAUUGAUGGCCCAGGGCCUGUACAAUCACUCCACCAUACCCCUGACCAGAGAGGAAGAAGAGCUGCAAGAGUUGCAAGAGCGUGAGAAAAAUAACAACAGCAACAAUAACAACCAAACAUUACAACAACAGCAGCAGCAAGCGGCUGGUGCGGUUUCUUCCUAGUUUUGAAAUUGAAAUGGGCCGAAAAGGGCCCAUAGAAUUUUUUGUACAAAAUAUAAAUGUGUAUAUAAGAAUAUGUUGUUGUUAAUUGUGUAAAAAAAAGAAUAAUUACUGAAAAGUAUAAUCAUUUUUGAAAUGCAAGCAAUAUUAGUAUUUAGGUAAACAAUUUAAAACAUUUAUUUUUCGCAAAGUUUGUAAAUGCAAAAAAAAGAAAAAUACACUCGAAGAAAUAGUCGAUUUCAGAUUGCAGA